AUGUCGAGCAAAUCCUUGCUGGCAUUUACCGUAGGUACUGCGAGUGCAUUUAUCCUGGGCUUUUGCAUCUAUUUCGAUCAGAAGCGUCGCUCCGAUCCCGACUACAAAAAGAAGGUGCACGCUCGCCGGCAGCGUGAGCACGACAAGUUCAAAUAUCGUAUGUCAAGUGGCGAUGAUAUGGAUCCAAAUAGCUCCAUGGUGGAUGCCAAUGGUCACACAAGUCUGGAGCGUUGUUUUCUCAGUGAGAUCAAUAUGGGGGAGCAGCUGAUUAGCCAGGGCAACAUGUCAGAGGGUCUCAGCCAUUUGGCCAAUGCGAUCAUGAUGUGCGCCCAACCGAUGCCAGUGCUCCAGACACUGAAGGAAUCCUUGCCGGAGCGAGUUUUCAUGCCAUUGAUCAUGAAACUGCAGGAGCUGCAGAGCAAUGGCAGCAAUAGCAUGUCCAGUUCGAACAAGGACAACUCAACCAGCUCACCCGACUUUUCCUAA